UAGUAUUUUUAACGGUUUAAAAGUAACUUUUUUCCUAAAACUAUUUUACAGCUCCACCUACACUCUUAGUCUUAAAAGAAAACAAAACAAAAUGCCAAUAAGAAUUUCAGGGCAACAGUUUUCCGACACUGGAUGUGACGUUCUAAUAUUUUUCAACAUGAAUUCCCUAAAUCUGUAAGGCAUAUGGACACUUUUGUAAAAUCAAAGUUAGUUCAAAUGGAUGAUUAUUUAUUUCUAGAAAAACUGAAUCCCUAGAGUUGUUCUACUUUUCAAACAGGUGAAAUAAAUUAUAACUGCAGGGGAAAAGGUUAACACUUUCACACACACAUCCUAAAUUUUAAAAGUCUGAAAUUUGGCAAACACAGUUAAUUCUAUCAUAAGGAAAAGUUUGCGUGAAAGGGGUAACCCACAUACUAAAUGCCAAACAAAAAAUGUACUACAAUGUGUUAAUUAUAGUUCCCAGGCUACAGGACAUAUUUUAAAAUGUAAACAGUCCCAACAAACUUCAAUGCAUUUAUAGUUUUAAAAAAUGCAAACUGCACACAUUUGAAAUGUAGGGAAUAAGUCUGAGUUAGCGUCAACAAAAUCCUUCUCAAAAGUUCUUAUAUUCUCUUUUCUCUGGUGAGUUUUUGCAUGUGUUAAUACACUUCAGUGUAUAAGAAAAGUCUAGGUCUGGAACGUUUCAACUAAAGACUCAAUUUUUUACUUCCUACCGAACCGCCCCCUCGCCAAUGGGCCCCACCUCCCGAGAAGAGUGACGGGGUGGGGCUGUUUCCCGCUCGGAAACUAACAAAUAAAUGCCUCAUCCCUACUCCAGAAACGAGAGAACAAGGGAGGCAGAGGCACCGAAGACUCCAGUAUGCAACUGACUACAAGGAGACAGAAGGCUGAGGCCGGGGUGCUAGAGAACCUUGCGGUGCUGGAACUCACGUUGACGCCCCCACGGAGCUCGGCUGCAGAGCCCUGGAGUCCCGCACUUCCGCCCGCCAGGUGGCGCUGGUUCUGUUGCCGACUCGGAGAGACUGAGCCUGGCCACGCAAGAUGGCGUCGUCCGCGUUGCUGCGUCCUCUCUCUCGGCUGCUGGCCCCUGCCAGGCUCCCGAGCGGCUCUUCAGCGCGGUCAAAGUUCUACGUGCGAGAGCCGCUGAAUGCCAAACCUAACUGGCUGAAAGUUGGGUUGACCUUGGGCACCACCGUCGUCUUGUGGGUCUAUCUCAUCAAACAACACAAUGAAAAUAUUUUAGAGUACAAAAGAAGAAAUGGGCUGGAAUAAACUUUUGAAAUACUAACACAGUAUGCUCCGUAUAGUGAUUUUAGCUGUUCCUCUGGAUUCACCAUCUGCUGAGUUGUAAAUGUGAGAGAAAAAGUUAUAUGUGAAUAUAUACCAAGUCAGCAUUUGUAUUUUGCAUCAUUAAAUAAAAAGAAAUAAAAAUACUUCUGUAUUCUUCAGAUAAA